AUGGGCCCCCGCGAAGCUUUCCACCAACAGCGCGUGUGGCGUGGCGCCGUCGCCGACCCAAUUCCAGGCUUCCAGCAUGCGCGAACCAAUCUCAGCCAGCGAAGUUUCUUCCAGAACAUCGAAUUCUGGGGCCUCUGGAGCCUCUGGAGCCUCUUCAGUGUUCUCAGCGGAUGUAGCCGACGGUUCGACUCCAUUCGAAUCUCAAAAGAGAUUCACGACGAGGAGGAUUCUGCUACGUAA